CUUUUCAAUCAACCUUUUCCCUCAUCAUUACAGCUUGAUGUUUCAAUAUCAUCACAGUUUUACACGUAAUUGUUGUCGUUUCAACCAUUUAAUCAAUUGUUAUUGAAGAGCAACAAAAACAGUUCCAAAAAAAACAGAGCAAACUAUUGAUAUAUUUUAUUGGAAACAAAAUGAUGAUCAAUUUCAAAACAAGACUUAGAUUGAUGUCUUUUCCUGAUAAGUUGUGACUAUUGUCAUCAUUUUGUUUGUUCAACUCGAAAACCUUUAUCUUCAUCUUUUCUCCUUCCUCAACCUUUCUCAUCCUUCCUUUUUCCCUUUCAUCAUUAUCAUCACCAUUAUCAUCAUCAUUUCUUCCAUCAGAUUUAUUCCUAGUUAAACUUGUCUAACUUUACCUAAAAGCCGGAGCGAUUGAAACAAGAUAAUUCACCUUUCAAACCCUAAAUCAAGUUAAACACUUUAAACCUCAACUUUGCUCAUUCAACACGUUUAAACACCUCAACAUUGAGUUGUAUUAUUAGCUAAGGAUAAGCAAUUGUUAGAUUGAUUUACUUUUGCCAUUUAGUAAUGAAAGUCAAGGGAAGGACUGAAAGUCGUUUAAACAAUGUUUCUAUCCAAAUGUGAUUUGAUAUUGUUAAACAUGAUAAUAAUGAUGAUGAUCAAAUUGAAUGGUCAGUAAUGUACCAAGUUUCCCUUAAUCCAUCAAUUCUUGUCCUUUUGGUUCCCUUGUUUGUCCAAUUGUCCAACCAUUUAAACCAUUUAUUAUCUUGACUUUUAAACCUCUAAUGAUGUCCAGUCUUCAAUCAACUGUAUUACAAUCUUGACACAGUUCUUUAUGAGCUUUACUCGCAUCUUUAUUCAACUCCAUCAUCAGUGUUCAUCAUUUACAUUUGUGCUUCUUUUUGCUGUGCAAGUUACAAGUGAAUAAAAAUAAAGGUUUCAAGUGCUUUUGGUUCAAACCAAAUUGAAACUUCAAUUCAUUUCAAUUGCAAAGGAAAGGAGGAAAAAAUAGAUUUCACUUUUUUUGCUAAGUGAUUCAAGUUGGAAAAGAUAUGAAUCCAAAUCAUUUAGUUGUCCAAUCGAAAAGAUCGUCAUGGUUAAACAGGGAAAAAGCAAUGAUUAAGUGUUUUAUUUUCAAUUGCAUUCAUUUCUACAGACAAUCAAGUUUCACCUUUACCAAUGUUGAACAUGUUCGAGCAAGAAUAUUGUCGCUUCUCAUUGUUUUCACAUUGUUCAACCCAUUGUGCCAAGGUGUGAGUGGGUCAACAAUGAAACAGUCAAGUGAUCGUCGUUACAGUUCCAGAAUAGUCUCAACCAAAUAUGGUACUCUAAGAGGUUUCAUCGUCAACUUGUCUGGUAAAAUAAACCUUCAACCAGUUGAAGUUUUCUUAGGUGUACCAUAUGCAAGUCCACCCGUUGGUAAAUUGCGCUUCAUGCCGCCCGUGACUCCGGCUCAUUGGAAUGGAGCCAAAAGUGCUCACAGUCAAGGCCCUGUUUGUCCUCAAAAUUUGCCCAACAUUUCAAAUACAAGUGAAGCCUUGAAGACAAUGUCGACCGGACGAUUGCGAACCCUUAAACGACUCAUUCCUCUGUUGCUCAAUCAAAGUGAAGAUUGUCUUUAUUUAAAUAUUUUUACACCUUAUUCAGCCUCAAAUGAAAUGACCAAGUUGCCUGUUAUCGUCUUUAUUCACGGCGAAUCGUAUGAAUGGAACUCAGGAUCGAGCUAUGAUGGAUCAGUUUUGUCGAGUUUUGGUAACGUUGUUGUGGUCACAAUCAACUAUCGUUUAGGUGUUUUAGGAUUUUUUCCUGCCUUGGAUGGAAGUUCGAGAGGAAAUUUCGGCCUUAUGGAUCAAGUGGCAGCUCUUCAUUGGGUCCAAGAAAACAUUGCUGGGUUCGGCGGUGAUCCAACCAAUGUGACUGUGUUUGGUCAUGGUCAAGGAGCAGCUUGUAUCAACAUAUUAAUGGUGUCACCGAUGGCUAAAGGUCUGUUUCAUCGUGCGAUACUUCACAGUGGAACUGGACUGUCUCCUUGGGCGAUGGCCACUGAUGCUGUCGACUAUUCGAGGAAACUUGCAGCUCUGGUUGGCUGUCCUGAUGGUGACGAUCAGAGUUCACAGAUGAUUGACUGUUUACGAAGUAAAGAUUAUCGUGACUUAAUCUCUCCCAAUUUACCAGUUCCUUCACACUUAACCAGCCUAGGGCCGACCGUGGAUGGUAUUGUUAUACCUGAUCAUCCGGAAAAACUGAUGAAUUCUGCUCAAUAUUCCCAUCUUUUUGGUUCCAUUGAUCUUCUCCUUGGAAUAACAAGUAAAGAAUAUUUCAAGUUUAAUGGAAACGAAGAAUCAAGUGGAAUUGAUUUGGUUAAAGAGGAGAAAAUUGUGCGAACUUUGGUUCGCAAUUUAUUCAAUUAUCAUCUUCAGGAAAUAUUUCAUACAAUAGUCAAUGAAUAUACUGAUUGGACCAAACAUGAAGUUAGCCUGAAAGACAUUUUAAAAACUACUAGUGAUAUUGUAAGUGAUGGAACCGUGAUAUCUCAAGCAAUUAAAGUGGCUCAAUUACAUUCCAAGUUAACAUCACCAUCAUCUUCAAGCUCGUCAUCUUCUUCUUCUUCCUUUUCUCGAAACACUUAUAUGUAUACAUUUGAAUAUUCAAGUAAAUCAGGUGAUUAUCCUUCCAGUGAAGGUUGUGUCCAUGGUGAAGAGCUGGCCUACAUUUUUGGCUCUCCAUUAGUCUCUCAACUGGAAUUGGGUUAUUUUGUUUCUGAUUAUACGCCAGAGGAAACUGCUCUAUCAGCUCGUAUAAUCACUUAUUGGACCAACUUUGCCAAAACUGGGCAAGUUGUGGAAAACAUUGGUCAACAGUUUAAUGAUGAUCCAAAUGAUGAUGGCUAUAAAUCAUCGAAUGGAAUCAAAGAAAUGAUCUUUUGGCCAAGAUAUGAUGAAUAUCGUCAACAGUAUCUAUCAAUAAACUUGGAGCCUUCCGUCAAGGAUCAUUACCGUGCUCAUCAGCUCAGUGUAUGGCUUAACUUGAUACCCAAAAUUCAUCUACCUGGACCUGGUCCAUUAACUUAUCAACAUCAUCUGCUCACUGACUAUGAUGAUCUGUCAACCUAUGAAGGGAUCGUUCGGUCAACAGCAAGUUUAACUCAUGCAAUGGUAGCUGGACUUGUUGGCUCCGAGUCAACACUUGAUUCCUCUUUACAGCAAAAUGCAAUUCUAGGCUCUAUUGACUCUCUUCAUCAAACCUCAUCAUGGCCGGGUUCCUCUCAAAUAGAUGGCCCUAAUCCUGGUCUAAUGGCUACCAGCCCUGUAUCUGUGAUAAACUCCAAGGUAAACAGUUUGAGUUCAAAUUUAUCCAUUUCUCAGCAGCAACAGUUUACUGAUAAAAAUAAAUCGCUCUCAAGUCAACCGCAACAAUCUUUAAAGGAAAUGAAACAAAUUAAAGAUGCCUCAUCAUCUUCAUCUUCACACUCAUCAUGGGAAGAUUCAUUUCAUUUUAAAUGGAAUGGACCCUAUUCGACCACCUUAAGUGUUACAAUAGCCAUUGGCUGUACAUUCCUCAUUCUCAAUGGACUCAUGUUGGCUGCUUUCUUUUACAAACGAGGUCGACCCAAUCAAACUCAAAGUGUUAACGAUUCGUCAGCAUCCAAAGACAAGACAAGGGCAAUCCAAAGUCAUCCAUCAUCCAACUUGACUAAUGAAUCUGCCAAGAAACAGGGACGUCCUCAUCAAUCGCACCAACAGCAACAGUCACACCAGCAAAGUGUCCAAUCAUCCCUGCCAGAUUCACCCUUUAAGCUUUCCUCAGCCAACACGGGUUUACUGAUCAACUCACCAGUUGGACUGAUUGAGGUUACCAAUGAGAUGAUGGGUCGUACAGCAAGUCCCUCCAUCAAGGCUGAGGCUUACCCAGUCGACUACAUUUCAUCGGUCACAGGAUCACAAAUGAUGGCUCUCAAUGGUGACUUGACGUCUGACUUGCUUGAAAAUAUUUCAUCAACUACGACAACAACCACAGCCACAGGAGACCAUCACAAUGACUCGGGUGGACAUCGACUGAUCAACACUGGUGGUGGUGGCAAUGGUGGUGGUAGUCAUGUGUCAAUGUGCAAUUCCGUCUUUUAUCCUGACAAGUGUCCAACCAUUUCACGUCUCUCAAGCCAUCAUUCACCAGCCUAUCGAACAAUAAGUCAAAAUAAAUUUGGCCACAUUGAAGAGCCUCGGGAAUUUCAUGAGAUGAAUAUUUGACAAUUCAGGACAACCCCAGUUUGAUUAAAUUGGCUAAAUGUUUACAUGGAAUGGAAAGAAACACAAAGAAAAGACAAAGACAGUCAAUCAAUUCAAGAUUCAAGUAAACAUAAAGAUGAACAUUAAAGUUGUGCUUCAUGCUUUCAAUCACAAUGCUACUUACAUCAUUG